CGUCAUUGUACUUCCUUAUUGAUGGUUUGCUUCAGGAAAAGGCGGGUAAACGGUGACGGGGAAGGAACGGCCUGUUUGAGAUUUAGCUAACGAGAGAAGUUCGCGCGUCCUUGUCUUUUUUAUCAACCACAGGACAGCGCUGACAAACAGUCGACAGUAAUGGCGUGUAAAAGAGGAGCGCUCAUUGUGCUGGAGGGAGUGGACAAGGCCGGGAAAACGACGCAGUGCAAGAAACUGGUCCAGGCGCUGCAAAAGUGCGGCCGACCGGUAGAGAUGAUGAGAUUCCCCGAAAGGACCACGACAAUUGGACAGUUGAUAAGCGCCUACCUGGAGAAGAAAAGUGAUUUGGAGGACCACGCAGUGCACCUGCUGUUCUCUGCAAACCGCUGGGAGCUGGUGCCUUUAAUGAAGAAGAAGCUGGAGCAAGGCACCACUCUGGUAGUAGAUAGGUACGCCUUCUCUGGAGCUGCUUUCACCAGUGCAAAGCCGGGUUUCUGUCUGGACUGGUGCAUGAAACCUGAUGUGGGACUGCCAAAGCCGGACCUUGUUAUGUUUCUACAGCUCAGUCCAGCUGAGGCUGCUCUCAGAGGUCAGUUUGGAGAAGAGCGAUAUGAGACCAGUGUUUUCCAAAGAGCGGUUCAACAGAAAUUCGAACAGCUGAUGAAGGAUCCUUCAGUCAACUGGCAGGUAAUUGAUGCUUCUCAGAGUGUUGAAGAAGUGCACAGGGACAUCACGACCCACAGCUUUAAUGCUAUGAACACAGCUCAGAACAUGCCACUUGGAGAGCUAUGGAAGUGAACCUGAACCAGUCUGAGUGAAACUGCUGUUUUGAGACCAAGAUGUCUUUUGGUAUAGUUACUAAAUGACUCUUCUACGUACUGUCCUUGUUUUACUUGUCAUUUGCUUGAUUGAAUGCAGAAGAGAAAUGCCUUGGCUGUGAUUAAAAAAAAUAAUUUCAUACUGUCUUGAAAUUGAGUAGAACCAGUGUCACAUCAGAUUCUGACUUUAUUUAAGUUUUUAAUCCUCUUGCAUUAUAUUGUGUCGAUUUAAAUAAAUAAUCUUCAAAUGAA